AUGGAAGAAGAUUUGAGUUCUACCAGCCAUGGCGAAACAACUCUUGAUGGUGAUAUUGACUACCACAGCGAUUUCAAUGGCAACACAAUCCAAACUACGUCCAGCAAUGACUCGGGUGAACAAGCGCCUCCCGUGCAGUCGAAUGCAACCACGAUUUACUUCAGUAGUCCACCGUACGAGAACUUUUUCUAUUCGGAUCCCAACAUCGCUGCUCACGUGGUAGUCACCAGUCCAGUACCAGGUAGUGACCUUCGAUUCGUGGGACCACGGGUGGUUGUUGCUUGGCCGGGAGGCAAUAGCGGGGCCUGUAUGUUCUUCGAACCCAAGGAUGGGAAAAAUGGGAGCCUCGCCGUCAAACUCAUCAAUUCCACGGUCGGGUCACCUCUUGCCCCCAUUUACAAUCAUAAGGAUGAUGGUUACCCGGACGUGGGAAUUGAGGGAGUUCUAGCCUUCAAUUCUACGGCCGUUUUAUCACUAUCUAUAUUGGGCUCAGUUCGAUCUAUCCGUGACUUCACUGAAGGGCCGAGUCUUCUCCAUCCUAUGCUUCAGAAAGGGAUCCACGUCGAAAAAGUUGGAUCUGACGGCGUUUCUAUAUCGAGGCUCUGGCUUGACAACGUUACCACAACAACCCUCACACUCGUGCCAAAGGGCUCAGGGAAUGUAAAAAUAAAGGGCAAGAAAAUAAUACUUGGGGCGGGAAAAUACCUUUUGUCGGCUUGCUACAAUUAUCCUCAACUUCGUCAACUCAGCCUGGAUGAUGUACUGAAAGACAAGAGCUUACUUGAUCAGCGACCAAAAGAAUCCAAAUCCCUACACUUCUUGUCAUAUCAAGAGAAGAUGUUGGCAGGUUCAUGGCGCUUUCUCACCUACUUCGGUCGGGAUGAUAUGCUUUCAACGUUGAUUCUUCUUCCCGCCCUAUCCGACACCGUCAUUGAGGCUGUUAUUGGCUCGGUCCUGGAAAGAAUCAAUCGCACCGACGGUAGCGCUUGCCACGAAGAGACUAUCGGCGACUACGCUACCUUUUUGAAUUUACAGGAGGGCGUUGCUUCUACAGCCUUCCGAUGUGACUACAGCAUGGUCGACACAGAUUACUUCGUCCCAAUCCUGAUGCAUGCGUACUUUCACGGGCACAGAGCAGGUUCAGAACGUCUAGAAGCUUUGCUUAAGACGCCCGCAGGCAAGGUGGAUGUAGAUAACAAAGGUCUAACCUGGGGUGACCUGUUCAUCAUGCUCGCAAGAAAGAUAAUGAACGAAACAGGUACUUUCGCAGCAAUUGGUGGCCAAAGGCGACACAAUCUCAUUCAUCUCAAAGAAGGCCAUGAAACAGGCCAAUGGCGCGAUUCCGUCUACGGUCUCGGUGGUGGUCGUAUUCCUUUUGACGUCAACGUUGCACUGGCUCCCGCAGCUUUACGAUCUAUCGCUUCGCUGGCCAAAGUCUUCGGCGCUGUUGCUGUUGGGGAGUACGCGCGAGACUGGUCGGUGAUUGCCGAUCAGUAUGCUCGUGUGUGGGAGGAUAACACGUUAGAGUUCUUUAGAGUCGUACUCCCUGAACUCACUGCUCGCGAUCGACUAGAAAAUUUCGUUCAAAACAAUGCUUUCUACCAUGGUCCAUCGCAUUCCGAGCUCAUCGACGCAGAUGUGUCGUAUCACGCUCUGGCUUUGGAGGGAAACAAUGACCUUGACACAGUUUCGGUAAUGAAUACUGAUGCUUGUUGUCGCAUUUUGUUUCUGAACGGAACAAACCAGCAUCGAUUGACCAAAUAUCUUAACGCGACCGCCCUGUCGGUAUUACGACCAUUCCCGGCGGGUUUGAUGACGCAUGUCGGCCUGGUUGUCGCAAACCCGGCUUUUUCGGAUAGCAAAGCCAUAUUGCAAAAUUUCACCAAUUCCGCCUACCACGGAGCAGUUGUCUGGAGCUGGCAACUGGUGACAAUGCUGAGGGGACUGGAGAAACAAUUAGGCCGAUGUUCUGCCGAAUACGGCAUACCCGAUUUUUGUAACGAUGAAACUGUUUACCAGAACGUCAAAGCCGCUUACAAUGCCGUGUGGGAUAGCCUCCAGGAGUGCGAUGAUUUCCUGGAGGAUGAAGUAUGGAGUUGGCAAUACACAGAUGGCAAAUUUGUACACACGCCGUUAGGAAGUCUACCACCUCCACCUGGUGUUUCUGGGACUGUGGAGAGCGAUGUGGUUCAGUUGUGGAGUCUGACGUUCCUAGCCUUGAAGAGAGAUGAGCAGCUCAGGUGA